AUGGCUUUUCGUUUGGUCUUCCGAAGGCUGAGUUCCGCGGCGUCUCGGUUCCCUUCCUUCACACACCUCCAAGUAGAUGUCCCUUCGCCGUUCGUUGUACACGUGUCACUGAACCGACCGGAUAAGUUCAACGCGCUGAACGAUAAGCUGUGGCAAGACAUUGACCACUGCUUCAGCUUUCUGUCUGUGGAUAAAGAUUGUCGAGCGAUCGUGUUUUCCGGUAAUGGGAAGUUUUUCUGCGCAGGCAUGGAUUUAAGCGGCCUGGCAAAUAUUGGUACAGUAUCAUCUGAUACGUCACUGGAUGUUGCGCGAAAGGCGUUCAAGCUACGACAGUCGGUCAUCGAUUUGCAACGUCGCUUUUACUCUUUGGAAACGGAAGUAGAUAUGGGCAUUACGGCAGACGUAGGCGCCCUGCAAAAGCUGCCAAAGGUGAUAGGGAAUGACAGCCUUUUCCGAGAAUUGGUUUUCACGGCUCGCAAGGUGACUGCGGAAGAAGCCGUAAAAUUGAGCUUGGUCAGUCAAGUGUUCGAAGACAAAGAGACAAUGAUGGAGGCGGCAAAGUCAGUGGCUGCAAUCAUCGCGCAGAAAAGUCCCGUAGCCGUUCAGGGCAGCAAGCUGCAUCUGAACUUCUCCCGAGAUCAUUCAGCCAACUGGAACAUGAGUAUGCUGCAGGGCGAUGAUGUGGUGAAAGCUAUUACUGCAGCCGUUAUGAAAGAGAAGACUCCACCAACAUUUGACAAAUUAUGA